AUGCCUUGGAGGAUUGGCCAUGUCGAUGUUGAUGGCAACAGCGUCGAUGAUGAUGUUGGAGAUGAUGACGAUGACGAUAGAAUGGAGUCACUGAGUAUUUCUGCUUCUUCUGGGAAUAUGUCUGAACUCAAAGCUAGAUUGAUAGCAGAAGGAAAGCGAUUGGCUAAAGAGGUCUUCCCGGUUAAGGUUAUGGAACUUGAUCAAAUUUACAACGAAAUAAAAGAUCUCCAGCUUUCCCAGGAGACUAUAGUAAGUUUACAAUCUCAUAUUGAGAGAGAACUACAAACUUCUGCAACUGCUGAUGAAAGACGUGGUACCCAGAAGGGUGACCCUCGUUUAACCUUACCACCAUUGGUUAUCAGGGAGAACGCAAUGGCACCUAAUAAAGUAAUGGUGGGGAUUAUUGAAAGACUGAAGCCGCACAUGGAUAGUCUCAACGAACAUGCAAAUAAAGUGAGGAUGUGGAUCACAUUGCAGGUUCCUAAAAUUGAAGACGGGAAUAAUUUCGGGGUGUCCAUUCAGGAAACCAUUAUAGACGAAGCCUACACUAUUGAAAAAGUGGCGAAAUCUUAUAGAGAAUCGGGAGGGGACUAUUUUUUCUACAGAGCAAGGAUGAUGUCUAAAAUAGUCAAGUAUCCUGAAAUUGCUGAUUAUAAACUGGCUGUAUAUGAGGGCGAUUCCAAUGAACUACAGAAUCAAAUUAUUCUAUGUCGAGAUCUGCGAGACUUCUAUACAAAACUUCAUGAUCUUGUAAUAAAAAAUCUACAAAGAUUAGAAAACCCUCGCUCUGAUAAUAUAAGUAGCUUAUACUGAU